AAAUAUGUGCAUCUCAACUUUCUAUUUAUCUCCUAGGCCUAAAUACUGCUUGUGUUGACAAUGAUCAAAGAUGCAGUGGUUGGGCUAAAUCAGGUGAAUGCAGUUCAAACCCUGGUUACAUGCUGAGCAAUUGUCGAAAGAGUUGUGAUAAAUGUGAGGAGAAGUGCAAGGAUAAAGAUACUGACUGCGAAGACUGGGCCAAGCAAGGGUUUUGUUCCAAAUCGAGCCAGUGGUACUCAUUCAUGAAAGACAACUGCCAAGAUACCUGCAAGAUAUGUGCAUCCAAAGCUGAGGAAGUCAAGCCUUGCAAGGACAUUGAGAAAGAUUGUGUUAACUGGAAAAGGGCAGGAUACUGCGCCAAAUCGCAAUCGUUUUUUAGUUUUAUGCAGAAGAACUGCAUGAAGACUUGUGGUUUUUGUAAAAAGGCGGAGAAAGACAAGACGAAAGGUGAAAUUUUGUUGAACAACGAUGCAUAUUUGAGACUUGAAAUCUUGCAAAUAAGAAUAGCUCUUAUAUUAAGGGCUGAGUCAAAAUAAGCAAAUCGGUAAGCG